AUGAAACCGAGCAAGAACCAGCUCCGCCGGGCGAGGAAGAAGGCGCAAAAAACCGAAAAUGCUAGCUUACCUGUCGAUAAUCCCAAAGAUACGUCACCGAGCCCACAGACCCUUGUAUCUACCUCGCAGGACGCACCGGCCCGCAUGAUCACCGCACUGUCCCCGGAGCCAAGCGAUCCAUUGUGGGAGAUGUACAGGGGUAUCGCUGGCAGAUUCGAUCAAUCGGGGGAUGAACCUUUGGCAAAAGAGCCUGAGAAACCGGAGGUAUACUUCGAUGAUGGUGAUGAAAUCCCGGAUGAGGAGCAAGACAGUGAACCGAAGAUCUCGAAGAAGAAACGGAAGGAAAUGAACAAGUUGUCUGUGGCUGAACUGAAGGCUAUGGUUCGCAAACCCGAAAUCGUGGAAUGGACCGACACCUCAGCCCCGGAUCCUCGACUACUUAUCCACAUCAAGGCUCAUCGCAAUGUCGUCCCGGUUCCUUUGCACUGGUCACUCAAAAGAGAGUACUUGUCGUCAAAGCGCGGAGUGGAAAAGGCGCCGUUCGCUCUCCCCAAGUUUAUUCAAGAAACAGGAAUCUCAGAAAUGCGCGAUGCUGCCCUCGAGAAGCAAGAGCAGUCUACCCUGAAACAGAAACAAAGAGAAAGAGUCCAGCCCAAGAUGGGAAGGUUGGACAUCGAUUAUCAGAAGCUUUAUGAGGCUUUCUUUCGAUUCCAGACCAAGCCUGAGUUGACUCGCUAUGGCGAGAUCUACUACGAGGGCAAAGAAUACGAGACCAAUCUGAAACAUCUCCGUCCUGGCGACCUGAGCGAGGAACUGAAGGAGGCUUUGAAUAUGCCACCAGGAGCCCCCCCUCCAUGGCUUAUCAACCAACAGCGUUAUGGGCCUCCCCCAUCCUAUCCUGCCUUGAAAAUCCCGGGCCUCAAUGCACCGCCGCCUCCAGGUGCAAUGUGGGGUUACCACCCAGGAGGGUAUGGCAAACCACCCGUGGACGAACACAACCGGCCAUUAUACGGCGGAGAUAUUUUUGGAGUUUUGCAGCCCCAGCAGAACGUUCAACAAGGAGAGCCUAUUGAGAAAGACCUCUGGGGUGAAUUACAGGCACCGGAGGAGUCUGAAGAAGAGAGCGUGGAGGACGAGGAAGAGGACGAAGCUGAUGAAGAGGACAUGGAAACUGGCGAUCAUUCUCCCGGUGGUUUGGAAACCCCCAGUGGCAUGGCCUCGACUGCCCCGUCCGAAUUUGUGAGCACAGAGAGUGUUUCUGGAGAGUUUGAUGUUCGUAAACCUCAUCGGGGCACGGAGACAGAAGAAUCUGUGCACCCUCGAAGCGCCUAUCAGGUCAUUCCUGAGAAGCAGACGAGUGUACAAGGAUUUUUCGGGGGUGACCGAGCGUACGACCUCAACGUGCCCCCGAGCAAGCCGCCCAUCCUUGGCGCAGAGGAACAGACGCGAAAACGCAAGAAGCCCGGAGAUGUGGAUGUCUCGGUUGAUCCGGAUGUUCUCCACGCUGGUGAUGGGCUCAGCAAAGAGAGCCUUCAGAACAUGUAUGAAACCCAGAGGCAGCAACAGAAUCAGCCUAGUUGGGGGUUUCAGGAGGAUCUCAGUGACAUGAUUGCGCAAGAGAGUCGCAAGAAAACACGGGCAGGAGAGGACAGACGGGGCAGGCGUUGA